AUGCUCUACGACCUCAACAUCGCCUGGUCGCCUUCGAUCAGCACUACCGAUCUUGAGCGCACAUUGAGGUUCAGCUCGCAACUUGGUUACAAUGUCGUUGCGCUGAACCACAAUCUCGACGCGCCCUUACCCUCGCAGAUCUCGAACUCGAUCCCUCCAUUCGCCCCGCAAACUUCUUCCUUUCAACCCGAAAACCGCCAGCAGCCUAUCCCCACCAUCCUCCGCCGCCUAACUGUUAAUUUCUCAGACCCGUCGCAAAACCAACAGCUCCCUAAAGCUGCGCAGGCCUAUGAUAUUCUAGCACUCCGCCCGCAAACCGAGAAGGCAUUCCAGGCUGCCUGCCUUACCGUCAGCACCACCGAGGUCUCUAUUAUCUCACUAGACCUUACCGUGCGCCUACCCUUCCACCUACGUCCUAAGCCAUGCAUGGCCGCCGUCGCGCGGGGCCUGCGCUUCGAGAUCGCCUACGGUCAAACGCUGAGACCCGGUGCUGACGAUCGCGCUCGCGCCACCUUCGCUGGCAAUGUGAUACAGCUCGUGCGCGCGACACGCGGCCGUGGCCUAAUUGUAAGCAGCGAAGCGGCUGAUACCAUGGCCCUGCGAGCCCCUGUCGACAUUGUCAACUUGCUCGCCGUAUGGGGUCUCCCUACUGAUAAGGGUAUGGAGGCGCUGGGCGUGAACCCGCGGGGUGUUGUGGUGAAUGAGGGGAUUAAGCGAAGUGGGUUCAGAGGCGUGGUGGAUAUUGUAAACGUAGCGGGGCGCAGUGAGGAGGAGCAGUCGAAGUUAUCGAAGGGCAAGGAUAGGGAGGUGGUGGAAGUAAAAGAUAAUAAGAAAAGGAAGAAUGGAGGGGGUGAGACGGCUGAGAAAGGAGGGGAUGGUGGAGCUGGAGAGAAUGCGCCGGUCAGCAAGAGGCAGGCGAAGAAACUUAAGGCUGCGUUAAGGAAAAAGGAGGUAGAGGAAAAGGGAGCUCAGUGA